AUUCCCUUAUUCCACGAGCCUGUCGAGUCGCAUCGAUCCUCGCGUGAUUCGCGCGAUUCGCGAAUCGUCGAUUUUCCUAACCUCCUAAACCUCCGAAUCCUCGGGGUGCCUUCUACGCGAGAGAGGACAAAUCCAUCUCUUGGACUCUUUUCCUCGCUCGUAGUUCCAUCUAUCUAUCUUCUCUCUCUGUCCUACUCGCGCUCGCUCGCUUCCACUUUCAUCGCCCUCUGUUUCCCUAUUCCCUCUAGUUCUUGGCAGAUCUCUAACAACUCCCACUCUCGUGUCUCGACGUGCGAAAAGUGAGGGGAAUCGCGAAGAUCGUUCGGACACGGUGAAAAAUUUGUGCGGAAAUUAAACGUGUAGUGCCGUCGAGUCCCGCUUACGAAGACUUGUGGACAGCGAUAUAUAUAUAUUGUUGCGCGGAGUGCGGUGACAAGCACGGUGGAAGAUAAAACUUCCUGUCACAAUCGCCGAGUAAACAGGCAAAAUUCCGACGAUUUACGGUCUAUGAGCGCCAAGAGUCAGGGGGACCCUGGAGAAGAUCACGUUUCCAGGUGUCACGAGAGUCGUUGCGUUCUUAGUGUCGCUCGCAAAACGCCUUUUGAAAUAAUGCGCCGUCAUGCAUCUCCGACAAGAGUAGACUCUUGUCCCAAGAGUCACGCAAACGCACGGUUUCCCUCUCGGCGAUGACGUUUGUGCACAAAAUCCAAAUUGUAUCGGCCACGAAAUUUUACAUUGUCGAAACCUACGAUCGGUGAAUUCAGUCUUUGGUAAGAGCAGAGAGUCCUUGCAGCGACAUGAAGCGUGCAGCUGCAAAAAAGCUUAUUGAACGGUACUUUUACCAACUUACGGAUGGAUGUGGAAACCCUCAUUGUGACAAUCAGCAUUGUGCCUCGAGUGGCAAAGUUACUAAUCUUACUCCAAAUCAAGCAGCUGCUCAAGCAAUACAAUUAUUUUCGCAAGAAGCUAGACUUUGCGAUGGUACACAACCUAGUAAAGUCGCUCGGACUACUAUAGAGCCAGGGCAAACGUCGUUAGCUAAGAGUCUACCUGUAAAAAGCGUUAAUCCUACGAGCUCCGAUGAAGGAAAACAAGAGCCAUAUCUUACAGAAGCCAAACUUCUGGAUAUUAUAGAAAAAUGUAAAGCGGAAGAUUCAUAUUCUUUAUUAAUUCGCACUUUGGGAGAAGUGUUUUCAUCGGGAAAGGCAUUAAGUCUCAGCUUUCAAAAAACUGAGAAGAGUAAUUCUCCUUUGGCGGCGCUUCUCGAACGGGCGCCAGAUACUUUAUUAAGGCCACCUGCGGAUUUAAAUAAAGAAGCAGUACGAUCUCUUCAAGGAGAGGAUAAGGAAGAGGAUAGCAGUGAUCCAUCGCCUACAGUUCCUAAUAAUGAUGAUACUAGUGUUGAUUUACCAUCUGUUCGUAGAGCUUUUGAAGCACUUUGGUCUCUUCCAGGUGAAGUAUUUGAAUCAGCUUUGGUCAAUGCAUUAGUUACUUUGGCAGAUGACAUAGAAUUAGAUCUAAGAGUAUUUCGCAUAGUACGCUGGGACAGUAUGGACAGUUUGUUGAAUGUAUUUCUCAUUGUCUUUGAAAUUCCGAUGCUCGGAAAUAGCGAAUAUCUGGAAUUAGCCCUCCAUAUGUUAUGUAAAGCAUUGAGUUGUUUACCAAUAGUAGCUCAAGCUAAGUUGGCACGUGUUUGGGCUAAACAUUGCAAAUCGCGGCUUCCAAAUCUUCUACAGGCGCUUCAAGAACUCAUCACUGUCAAAGUAAUAGGAGGAUCCUUUACACGCGAUUAUUGCGUCCAAGAUGCAGAUACCAUUACCGCACCUACAAAAGUUAUGAAAAUUCUAUACUAUGCGAGUAUGUUGGCUGGAGAAUUAGAUCCUCCUGAGAUGAUAUUGGGCGAUGAGGCCGAAUCGGCAAGCAGCGAUAAAACUACAUCACGAUCAGCGAUAUCAGGACAAAUUCCUCAGGAUGCAUUAGCGAUAGAAUUAGGAAUCAACGCACUAGACGCACGUAAACCUUUCAUACCAUUUACCGAUUUCUACAAUGAACCACUUAGCGAUGCCAUAGAAAUGGACAAAGAUUUUGCUUAUUACAAGAGUGAAGAACCGAUGAAAUUUAGUUUUAUGAAUUAUGCUUUUGUUCUUACACCAGCCACUAAAACUUUGGGUUUAUAUUAUGAUAAUCGCAUUAGAAUGUAUAGCGAACGACGUAUGAGUUUUUUACAAACUGUUGUCGGACAACCUACCAAUCCAUAUCUCAGAUUAAAGGUGAGGAGGGAUCAUUUGAUAGAUGAUGCAUUGGUGGAAUUGGAAAUGGUAGCUAUGGAAAAUCCAUCCGACUUGAAGAAGCAAUUAGUCGUCGAAUUUGAAGGAGAGCAAGGUGUCGAUGAAGGCGGUGUAUCUAAAGAAUUUUUUCAACUAGUUGUAGAAGAAAUUUUUAAUCCUGAUUAUGGCAUGUUCACAACCCAGGAAGAUACACAAAUGACAUGGUUCAAUCCGACAUCGUUUGAAAGUGAUGCGCAGUUUACGCUAAUAGGCAUCGUCCUUGGCUUAGCAAUUUAUAAUAAUGUAAUUUUAGAUGUACGUUUUCCAAUGGUAGUUUACAGAAAACUGCUAGGCAGAAAAGGUGCUUUCGCGGAUCUCGAAGAUUGGAGUCCAACGUUAUAUCGAACAAUGAAGGAAUUAAUGGAAUAUACGGGAGAUGAUAUGCCGGAGACAUUUAUGCAAACUUUCCGAGUAGGUUACAGAGACGUGUUUGGGUCGUUAUCGUUCCACGAACUCAAAGAGAACGGCGACGAAUUAUACGUUACACAGGAAAAUAAAAAGGAAUUUGCCGAUCUUUAUGCGGAUUUUUUGCUCAACAAGUCCGUGGAGAGACAAUUUAACGCCUUCAGACGUGGCUUCCAGAUGGUUACAGACGAGAGCCCGCUCGCAUUACUCUUCAGGCCCGAAGAAAUUGAGCAGCUUGUUUGCGGAAGCAAAAUAUUCGAUUUCGCCGAACUGGAAGCAGCUACGGAAUACGAAGGCGGCUAUACUGUUGACAGUGAAGCGGUACGUAACUUUUGGCGCGUAGCGCAUUCUCUACCACCUGAAAGUCAACGGAGGCUUCUUCAAUUCACUACCGGUAGCGAUCGAGUUCCGGUCGGCGGUCUUUCAAGGCUCAAAAUGGUCAUUGCCAGACAUGGUCCAGAUUCCGAUAGAUUGCCAAUCGCGCACACAUGCUUUAAUGUUUUAUUAUUACCGGAUUACAGUACAAUAGAGAAACUACAAGAUCGCUUAUUGAAAGCGAUUAAUUAUUCAAAGGGUUUUGGCAUGUUAUGAGCAUGCUGCACAUCACCCCUCUCUCCCCCAGUCUUUCGAAUUAUAUUCGACAUGGUGAAACUCGAUUCCCUUUAUCAUUUUAAUCACAGCUAUAAUAUUUGGAAGUAUCUAUCAUAAUAAUUGAAAAUUGUGCCAGUGCGUGGAAACAUUGCUUGUUGUGAAUAUGAAUUGACAACAAAAGGCUCCUAACAUUCUAAAAUACUUCAACGAAUCAAAGAGAGAGAUUGAGUCCUUUGUACAAAACAGAUAUAACUUGAAAAACGCUUCACAACUAUUCUUGCAUGCAAGAAUCGCUUGUAUCAUACUGUGUACUUUUUCUAUUGAAGUAAAAAUAAUGAAUAUUGA